GCCAGCUCGCUGCGCAGGCGCAGUGAGUUUGACUCGCCAUGCCGACUGUCAGCGUGAAGCGUGAUCUGCUCUUCCAAGCCCUGGGCCGCACCUACACUAACGAAGAAUUUGAUGAACUAUGUUUUGAAUUUGGUCUGGAACUUGAUGAAAUUACGUCCGAGAAGGAAAUAAUAAGUAAAGAACAAGGUAGUGUAAAGGCAGCGGGAGCCUCUGAUGUUGUUCUUUACAAAAUUGACGUCCCUGCCAAUAGAUAUGAUCUCCUGUGUCUGGAGGGAUUGGUUCGAGGACUUCAGGUCUUCAAAGAAAGGAUAAAGCCUCCGGUGUAUAAACGGGUAAUGCCUGAUGGAAAAAUCCAGAAAUUGAUUAUCACAGAAGAGACAGCUAAGAUACGUCCUUUUGCGGUAGCAGCAGUUCUCCAAAAUAUCAAGUUUACUAAAGAUCGAUAUGACAGCUUCAUCGAACUUCAGGAGAAAUUACAUCAGAAUAUUUGCAGGAAAAGAGCAUUGGUUGCUAUUGGUACCCAUGAUUUGGACACUCUGUCAGGCCCAUUUACUUAUACUGCAAAGCGUCCUUCGGAUAUCAAAUUCAAGCCUCUAAAUAAGACCAAGGAGUAUACAGCCUGUGAACUGAUGAACAUAUACAAGACCGACAAUCACCUUAAACAGUAUUUACAUAUCAUUGAAAACAAACCCCUGUAUCCAGUUAUCUAUGAUAGCAAUGGUGUUGUUCUUUCAAUGCCUCCCAUCAUCAAUGGGGAUCAUUCCAGAAUAACAGUAAAUACUAGAAAUGUUUUUAUUGAAUGCACUGGAACUGACUUUACGAAGGCAAAAAUAGUUCUUGAUAUUAUUGUCACCAUGUUCAGUGAAUAUUGUGAGAAACAAUUUACGGUCGAAGCUGCUGAGGUGGUUUUUCCUAAUGGAAAAUCCUAUACCUUUCCAGAACUAGCUUACCGAAAGGAGAUAGUGAGAGCUGACCUCAUUAACAAAAAAGUGGGAAUCAGAGAAACUCCAGAAAAUCUUGCCAAACUUCUGACCAGGAUGUAUUUAAAAUCAGAAGUCAUAGGUGAUGGGAAUCAGAUUGAGAUUGAAAUCCCUCCAACCAGAGCUGACAUUAUCCAUGCAUGUGAUAUUGUAGAAGAUGCAGCUAUUGCUUAUGGAUAUAACAACAUUCAGAUGACUCUCCCGAAAACAUACACCAUAGCUAAUCAAUGCUCCCAAGAAGAUAUUGCUGAUAAACUUGGUGUGGAUAUCUCUGCAACAAAGGCAGUCCACAUAAGUAAUCCUAAAACAGCUGAAUUUCAGGUGGCACGCACUACCCUUCUUCCUGGCCUCCUGAAGACCAUAGCAGCAAAUCGUAAGAUGCCCCUUCCUCUGAAACUGUUUGAAAUCUCUGACAUUGUAAUAAAAGAUUCUAAUACAGAUGUAGGUGCAAAAAACUACAGGCAUCUCUGUGCUGUGUAUUACAACAAGAAUCCUGGGUUUGAGAUCAUUCAUGGGCUGCUGGACAGAAUUAUGCAGUUGCUUGAUGUGCCUCCUGGUGAAGACAAGGCAGGCUAUGUGAUCAGAGCAUCAGAAGGGCCUGCUUUCUUUCCCGGGCGAUGUGCAGAGAUCUUUGCCGGGGGUCAAAGCAUCGGGAAGCUUGGGGUCCUUCAUCCUGACGUUAUCACCAAAUUUGAGCUGACCAUGCCCUGCUCCUCCCUGGAAAUCAAUAUUGAACCGUUUUUGUGAAGAUUGGUCUCUGUUGUAUGAUUCUCUUCCCAAGUGUCCCUUUCAUCUCCCCUGGUGUCCAUUAGUCCUCCACAGGGAAUAUCCAUUGGGCUUUAAUGUUUAAUAAAGUAGAAAGCACUGUCUGU